CAUCCAUCAUGGCGCCCAAAAUGUUUGAGGUUUCCUUCAAGGAAAAUUACGCAAUAUUGUCCAUGAAAUGCGGGGAAAACAGAUUAAAUCCCAAAUUUCUCGAAGAUUUUCAUUGUGCUCUGGAUAAAAUCGAAAGGUAUUUGAUUUUAUUCUCGUGAGGGUGUGGAGUGUGAUCUGUGAAAAGCUGAAAAUAUGUGGGAGUCUGAUUAUUAUUCCUUCUGUAUGAAGGGAACGUUGCCAGGCUAGAUUCCAGAAUGCUGGACCACUUAUUUGCGUCUCGUUGACAACAGAAAAGAUGGAAGCAUUUUUUAUUUUCAGUUAUUUAGUUCAGUCUACUGCUAAAUACUUUAAGCCUGUGCACCCCCCAUGCCAUACCCCCAACGAGAUCUUCCCUCCUCCCCCUCCUCCUUUCUCUUUCUCCUUAGGGAAAAGCCCUGGGAAUGCGGUUGAACCCUGCUCCAAGGUGUUUUAAUUUUGUAACUUACAGUCAAGGCAGGUCAAGCGUACUCCUCAAAAUUCUACUACUGAAUUGAUUAUUUGAAAGAUGAAUCUGUCAGUCGUUCCCAUGACUACUGUCAAAUUCAAAUCGGCAUUCCAGCAUGCAUGAUGAGCAGUGAAUAUUUUAUGAGAACUUCUCUGUAUUUGGUCAGAUUGAAAAUCUCUCAAAUUAUUGAUAAAAUUGCUUCAAAGACAUUCACAUCAAAUUCAGGGAAACUGAGCUGGUAAAAAUUUCAUAACUGCCUCGCGUGUUAAUUCACGGCUCAUUACGUAUGCAAGAAUGCAGAGAUGAAUCUGAAAUCUACAACUACCAACGGUUUCAACUUUUGAAUACAGUUGAAUCUCCCGUAAGCGAUCACCCAAAAUGCAAAGACUUACUGAUUGCUUAUGGGAGGUGGUCGCUGACAAGAAUUGAACCACAGGGGACCUCUUCCGAGAAGAGGUCUGGGCACGUCUACUUUAUGGGAGAUAAUUUAUUGCAUGCAAUUUCUAACUUAUGCCACAUGUAGUUCCAUGUUGUUACUAAAGUUCUUUGUACAUGUCGUAUAUUCUUAGUAGAAUAGUGCACACAGCGAACAGAGAGAUCAGAGAAUACGACAAGUGGUUGCUUACAAGAGCUUAAAAACGAUGGAAAAUCUUUAAACUUUCAGUCCCAAAAAGUGGUCGCAGUCACUUACAGGAGGUGGUCGUUUACUAGAGGUUCCAACUGUGAGGCUUUGACUGGGAAAAUUUUGGUGUUUUGGAUUGGCGGUUGCUUAUGGGAGGUGGUUGCCUAUGGGAGGUGGUCACUUAUGAGAGGUAGUUGCACAUGGGGGUUCGACUGUAAUAAAUACAUUAGGGACCUUACGAAACCACGACGAUGACGGCAACAGGAACCUCAAAAAACAAUAGGUUUAAUGAGCAAAACAAAAACUGUGCAUGUGCAUUGCGCUUUUUUGUACAUUGCUUUGCCUUCACUGCAUAACUACGACCUGAAAUGACCAAACUUUAAGUUUACUUGGGAACGGGAAUGGCAAGACGAUAAAUUCUACCAUCUCUGUCCGCACUUUAGUGCAUUCCCCUCUCUUCAGCUCCAGCUGAAAUCCCCUUCUUAUAAGUAACAGAGCGAAUUGGGAUAAUCGUGAAAAAGUUUAAAAUAAUGCGAGGUCUGUUUUUCAGCAACGUUUUCAUGGAUGUUACCAUUGUCAGAUUGUAAGGUCCCUAUUAAUGGAAUCUUGGGGAUCUUGGGGAACAUGCUUGACCUGGCUUGACUGUAAACCCACGUCUUGCACUAUUUGACGAUCUUUUGAUCUUAUUUUACCUUACCUGGAAACAAUUAGCCCAGUUUUUUAAAACAUAAUCUGCAGUCCUCAUUUUAUACCUGGUCCAUGUUUUAUACCCAGUCUGCAGUCCGUGGUCCACAUUCCGCAGUCUGUGUUUUAUAACUGCUUCAGCUCCAUUUGACUUCUUGUUCAGUUCCUUGCCUGCCAUUUGAAUUUUAAAGGUACUCUUUUGCCUGUACAAGUUUUAAAUGCUGACUGCUUCCCCUCAGUAUUUUAUUAAGUACAAAAUGUAGGUAUCUAUAUUUUGGGGAGUUUAUUAAGUUCUAAGGGUCUAAGCUCUAAGGUGCAAGUGUCCAUGGGUUCAGAAGUUCGUGGGGGAGGAACACGACGAAGCCCAUAGAAUACCAGUGUGGGAUACGAGAUGUUUAAAGAAAGAUCUCAUGUAUUUUGCCUUUUUUUUCAGAAACAAAGAUGUCCAGUUUCUGAUAACGACAGGAGAUGGAAAAUUCUAUUCAAAUGGCAUUGAUCUUGAGUUUCUUGGAACGUGCACUGCAGAAGAGAAGCUGAAAACAAUAAAUGCCUUUCCAUUAGCUAUACUGAGAUUGCUUACUUUUCCAGUGCCAACCAUUGCUGCACUAAAUGGUACAUUUUUCCUUGGGGGGAUGGGUUUGUAGUUCUCUGAGGGCAGAGUACUUAACCUUUGUUGGGGCAUUUUAUUUCUGGGAUAGUCAGUAGGGCCAUCAUGAUUGAUUUUUGAAGCAGCUAAUAGAAACUAGACUUUCACUGGGAACAUCUCAUAAGGAGAUUAUGGCCUCUUAUUUAGCUUCUCACUUUGAUGACUUGUGACAUAUCGAAGACAGCUCAGCUGGAACAGAUGUUAUUGGUUAAGGCUCUUUGUUGGAGAUGUGCAAAACACAACAUUCCUAUUUGAAUGCUGCUGAUGCACCCCUUUUAUAACAUAACCUUUUCUGCUGAUCCCCCUUGCCUACCAAUAAUAAAAUAUUUUCUUAUCUUCCUACUGACAUUGUCUUCCACUUGAUGAAGAAACCUAUCUUAACCUUGGUUGCUUAUUAAAUUUUUGGACUCUGAGAGAGAGGGUGAGGUGGGUGCUUAUUCGAGGCUGGUUGCUUAUUAAAUUUUCACAAUUUUUAGCAGUAGUAAUUUUAUGUUGCAACCAAAUGUAAAGGAAUUCAAAAGCAGAAUUUUAACUUUUCAUUGAAAGUUUCUUUAAAAGACUAAGAAAAUUUGGUCUUCAAGUAGAACUUUCUCUAUAACUAUUUCCAGCUCAUGAUCAGUAAGGUCAUUUUCUUUUUAGGUGGGGACUGGUAGGGGGGUGGGUGCUUAUUCGAGGCUGGGCAUUUGUUAACUUGUUCUGCCUGUAGGGCGGGUGGUUAUUUGAUGUGGUUGCUUAUUCAAGGUUGGGUGCUUAAUUGAAUAAAUGCUGUACAUCUGUUAUAAAGACAUCACUGUAUGAAAAAGAACCUUUUUAACAAAAUUCUUGUAUUAAUUUAUCAAGCCUUUUUCUUUAGUCCAGUGUGAAAGUCAGUUGGUUUUCGUCUAACCCUCUCUUCCCUCUACUAGCAAAUAACAUACCAGUAUUCCAUACUUACCAGUUAGCGUUCAUGUUCACAGGGCAUGCUUUUGCUGGAGGGGGAAUACUGGCUCUUGCACAUGACUACAGAGUAAUGCGAACCAAGCGAGGCUGGUUCUGCCUUCCAGAAGUAGAUCUUCACUUGCAGUUUGGGAAAGCAAAUUUGUUACUGCUAAGGUAUGUCACACCACUGUAAUAUAAUAAUAAUUAUUCAUACUUUGCUAUAAAUAUCUGACCUAGGUUCUCUCAGUGAUUGAAGAAUAAUGCCAGUCAUUGAAUGUUUUUGUCAGUAGCCUCUGAAACUAUAAAUCACCAAUCUAGUAGAGUUGAUGGGCACUUUUUUGAAUCGGUUGUGUUAUAAAUAUUUGGGGAUGGUGCUUGCUAGUUGUAUCUCUUACAGUUGGCAGAUAUGGAUGAUUGGCUGGUAUGACUGUCACUCUAAUAUUUACCGGUAAUUCUGAGGAAUCUUGAGGCAUUACCAUUCAGAUGAGACCUGUAUUUGCAAAAUGGGAUUUUAAAACCUGAGUUAUGCUAAGCACAUAAUAGACAAUGUCACAAAGUUCUUUGAUGACAAUACUAGUCCCAGGACUCCACAAUAGUACAAUAAUAUUAAUUUUAUUUUCAAGGAUUUUGCAAAAAAGAUAUUAGGAAUUUCUGUGAAUUUUUAUAUAUUAAGAAAGUUCUAAAUGACUGUUAAUAACGUUUAGGGCAAAGAUCAAAGAUCCCAAGAUACUGUCAGAUGCUGUACUCAUGGGAAAGCGCUUUGUUGCUGAAGAGGCUCUGUCUGGUGGAAUUAUUCAAAAGGUCUGCUCUGCUGAGCAAUUACUUGAUACUGCGGUGCAGAUGGGCAAAGAGGCUGUUGAAGAAAAGAAGUUUAAAAGAGACUUCUUUAAAGAGUUCAAGACAAAUCUCUAUAGUGACAUUGUUGAUGCUUUUCAGAGACAAAUCAGUAAUACUGAAGAGAGUCUUAAAGUGAUUUCAGACUUUUCUCUCAGUUCUAAACUUUGAAAGAAAAAUUUAUAUGCUUAAAUGACUGGUGUGGUGUUCCUCAGACGGCUAAAGGUGCCCAACGCCAACUUCUUAAGCAGAAGUACCAGGCUCCCUCAGUUAGUUAAGACAUGUUGAAAAGAAAAGUAAGCGGAAUAAUGCUGUCUCCACAGUCCUCACCUGAAUGUUUUUCUUUUUCUGCUCAAACUGACUAACUAAUCAGUAAAGCAGUGCUAAGGCAGUGCUUAACCCUAAUUAGUAAAGGGGAAAACUACAUUGUCUAAAUUUCAUGAGGUGUCUGAAGGGGCUAUGGUCGAGGGGAUUUAAUGAUAACCGACUUUGUUAGAGAUAAAUCCGAAGUUAGGAUUAGGCUUACAAGCUUAUUCCAGGCUGGGCGCUUAUUAAGUUUUUCUGCCUUUAGGAUGGGCGCUUAUUCAAGGUGGGCGCUAAUUCGAGGUUGGGCGCUUAUUCGAAUAAAUACGGUAACUUAUUUCACCAGAAACGGUAACAUGCUGGAGUUACAACGACCAGAAUUCGAGUUAUCGGGGUAAAUUUCAGUGAACUAAGUUUUUUAUCAAACCGGAAAUGAAAUUUAGUUCCCUCAGUCGAUUUAGCC